UGAAUCUUGCAGUGGUGAGAGGUAACGCCUCAGUGGCAGAACUGUUAAUUGCGCCCAAAUCGAGGUGCAGCCCCGGAGGUCGCCUUCCACUCCAUUUAAGCACCGCGCCCUCCUCACUCCACCUCUCAGGCCACAUUGAUCGAUCAAUCAGAAGUUCAGAGCAACACGAUUCGAAGUGCAGAGUCUGUUGAUCUCUUUAGAUCGAGAGCAAAUUGGAGCUAGAUGGGAAGAUUAUCCAUGGCCGUGCCAGUGAUGCUUCUGCUGCUGUGCGCAACGUGCAGACUGGCGCUUGGAAUUACUGACGGUCUGCUCCCGAACGGCAACUUCGAGCGGGGCCCGGCGCCGUCGCAGCUGCGCGGGACGCGGGUGAUGGGCUCGUCGGCGAUCCCGGCGUGGCAGACGUCGGGGUUCGUGGAGUACAUCCCGUCGGGGCGGAAGCAGGGGGACAUGGUGCUGGUGGUGCCCGAGGGCGCCUACGCCGUGCGGCUCGGGAACGAGGCCUCCAUCCGGCAGCGGCUCCACGGCGCCGCCCGCGGCGCGCGCUACUCGCUCACGUUCAGCGCGGCGCGGACGUGCGCGCAGGCGGAGCAGCUCAACGUGUCGGCGUCGGGGCAGUCGGGCCUGCUGGCGAUGCAGACCAUGUACAGCAGCAACGGCUGGGACUCGUACGCCUGGGCCUGGGUGGCCGACGCCGACGAGGUCGACGUCGUCAUCCACAACCCCGGCGUCACCGAGGACCCCGCCUGCGGCCCGCUCAUCGACUCCGUCGCGAUCAAGACGCUCAACCCGCCUCGCCGGACCAACAAGAACCUGGUGAAGAACGGCGACUUCGAGGAGGGCCCGUACAUCAUCCCGGGGACGAAAUGGGGCGUGCUGAUCCCGUCGAGGGUGGUGGACGACCACUCGCCGCUGCCCGGGUGGAUGGUGGAGUCGCUCAAGGCCAUCAAGUACAUCGACAGCGACAGCUUCGCGGUGCCGCGGGGCCGGCGCGCCGUGGAGCUGCUGGCCGGGAGGGAGAGCGCCAUCGCGCAGGUGAUCCGCACCGUGCCGGGGCGGCAGUACGCGCUGUCCUUCACCGUCGGCGACGCCAGCAACGCCUGCCGUGGGUCGCUCAUGGUGGAGGCAUACGCCGGCCGGGAGUCCACCAAGGUGGCGUACGAGUCGGCGGGGAAGGGCGGCGUCAAGCGCGCCGUGCUGCCGUUCCGCGCCGCGUCCGCGCGCACCAGGCUCGUCUUCUUCAGCUCCUUCUACAGCACCAGGAGCGACGACCUCAGCUCGCUCUGCGGGCCAGUGCUCGACGACGUCGCCGUCGUCAGCGUGCGCACUACCAAGCGCGGCUAGAGAGCAAAAGUCCGGUGGUCGGUGGAGCUCGGCCGGGCGUGCGAGAGGGAGACGGAGUAACUAUUUUCUUGAUGUUGUUACCGCACGGUUGCUUUGCCGUGAUUGUAUGUAGCUGCUCGUUGUCGUUGGGGGCA